CACGUCUUGGCUUGCCCUAAACACCAGCGUUGAACGCGUCUAACUUCGGUGGGACGUCGCGUCUUGCACCCCGCAUCCACUGGCUUUACUAGUCCUCUAUCUCUCACCGGGCUUGCCGCCAUGUCGGGAUUUGACGCAGACCGCGUAUUCUCUGUCUCUGUGCACGAUGUCCCAGACCCUACUGGACCAGAUUCACCCUCGCAGACAGAAAAGUUGCUUCUCGACUUCCUGCUUCAAUACCGCGUCGGCGGUGAUUUCAUCUACAGGGAUAAGCUCCGCGCUAAUAUGCUGCUCAAGCGAUACCAGCUUGAAGUCGACCUCCGCCACAUUGGUCUCUACAACGACGAGCUUGCCCAUGCUAUUCAAGACAGGCCGACGGAUAUUCUUCCUUUGUUCGAGACUGCCGCCACGAAGGCUGCACGCACGAUCCUCUUCCCUCUUGCAGCCAACGGGCAAGGUCCGAGCAACGACUCUGCAUCACAGGCUAUCCAGAACGUCCAAGUUAUGAUCAAGUCUGGUCUCAAUCUCCAGCAAUUUCGUGAGCUCUCCGCGAACACCAUGAACAAGCUCGUUCGUAUCCCUGGUAUCGUUAUUUCUGCCUCCGUUCUUUCCGCACGAGCGACGAAGCUUCAUCUCCAAUGUCGCGCGUGUCGCACGCCGAAAAUCAUAUUUCCACCCAGUGGACUCGGGGGUCUUGGUGGCGGUUCGGAUAGAGGUCUCCCGAGAGUAUGUGAUGCGCCUGAGAUAGAGGGACAGAAGAAGGAUUGCCCAAUGGACCCCUACAUCAUCAUUCACUCAAAGUCUACAUUCUCGGACCAUCAGACAUUGAAGCUGCAAGAAGCGCCGGACAUGGUCCCAGUUGGAGAACUUCCUCGUCAUAUGCUGCUCUCUGCCGACAGAUAUCUCACCGGGCAAGUCGUGCCCGGCUCGCGCGUCAUUGCGACUGGUAUAUACUCGACCUUCCAAGCCGCUAAGUCUAAAAAUGGCGGCGCAGCUGCUCUUCGGAACCCGUACCUUCGACUUGUUCACUUGGAAGUCUCUUCGCCUUCAGCCGCUGGGUCAGGUGGCGCAAAUCCAUUCGGCCUGCAAUUCUCACCGGAGGAAGAAGAAGACUUUGGCGAGAUGGCCCGAAGCGAAGGCUUCUACGAGCGAUUCGCCAAAAGUGUCGCACCGAGCAUAUUCGGUAGUCUCGACAUCAAGAAAGCGAUAACAUGCCUCCUUUUCGGUGGAUCAAAGAAAGUUUUGCCAGACGGCAUGCGAUUGAGGGGCGACAUAAAUGUGCUCUUGCUCGGUGAUCCUGGUACCGCUAAGAGUCAAUUGCUCAAGUUUGUCGAGAAGGUUGCACCAAUAGCAGUCUAUACUUCUGGCAAGGGUUCCAGUGCAGCCGGUCUGACGGCCUCGGUGCAGCGCGAUGCCAUCUCGCGGGAAUUCUACUUGGAAGGUGGCGCCAUGGUCCUAGCUGAUACAGGUGUCGUCUGCAUAGAUGAGUUCGACAAAAUGCGAGACGAAGACCGUGUGGCCAUCCAUGAAGCCAUGGAACAGCAGACAAUUUCCAUCGCCAAAGCGGGUAUUACCACUGUUCUGAACUCAAGAACGAGUGUGUUGGCUGCUGCGAACCCGGUCUGGGGUCGUUACGACGAAGGCCGAAGUCCAGGCGAGAACAUCGACUUUCAGACGACUAUCUUGUCCCGGUUCGAUAUGAUCUUCAUUGUCAAGGAUGUGCACAACGAACAGCGCGAUCGGAUGAUCGCCAAGCAUGUCAUGAACAUCCACAUGAAUCGAGCGAACGAGAAUGCUGACGAGAAUGGCGAGGCAGUCGGUGAGAUUGACAUAGACAAGAUGAAGCGGUAUAUUGCAUAUUGCAAGGCGAAAUGUGCGCCACGCCUUUCCGCCGAGGCGCAAGAGAUGCUCAGCAGUCAUUUCGUGUCCCUGAGAAAGCAAGUACAACAAGUCGAACAGGACAACGAUGAGCGUAGCUCCAUCCCUAUCACAAUUCGACAACUCGAGGCUAUCAUCCGUAUCUCUGAAUCCCUCGCCAAGCUUACACUCUCCCCGGUCGUCCGCAACCAUCACGUCGAUGAAGCCAUCCGUCUCUUCAAGUGCUCUACUAUGGACGCAGUCUCCGCAGGCUCUGCUGAUGGGCUGUCGCGAGGAGAGCUGAACGGAGAGAUGAACAGAAUCGAGAAGGAGAUCCGCAGGCGGCUGCCCAUUGGGUGGAGCACUAGCUACCAAAGCCUCGUGCGCGAGUUCGUGACGCAACAGGGCUAUUCAAGUCACGCUUUAGAACGGACCCUCUUCGUCCUGGAGAAGCGCGAGGUCAUUCGAUUCUCAGGACAGAACAAAGUCAUACAUAGAUCCGGUGUGUGAGGACUUGCAUGGUGGGAUGCCCCGUCUUUGCUGCUUUGGCUCUUGGUUCAUGCUGUCGUGCUCAAGCUGUUGUAUUGUACUGUACCUUAUACCGAUAUCCAUUGUUGUUCUGCCCCCAGGGAAUCACUCUUUAUAGGAGAUGCACACCUCGGUAGAUGCGGAACAGCCUAU